AUGGCCGUGAAGAGAAUGCAGGAACAUCGGGAUGGGCUCAAAAGCGUGGGUGUGCGGACGGUCUUCCACCUGCAAUUCGUCACGACACCGACGUCGGACACGCCUGGAACGAGUGUGAUUCUUCACUUCGACUCGAAAAGAUAUGUAUUUGGCGAAAUCACGGAGGGGACGCAGAGAGCAUGCAUACAACGUGGAAUCGGGCUUCGAAAGGUCCGAGGUCUCUUUCUUUCGGGAAAGACCACGUGGAAUAAUGGCGGUCUAAUCGGACUUAUCCUCAGUCUGGCUGAUAUACAGCAAGGCGAGGUUGAAUCGGAAACUUCCAAUCGACGUCCUAGACUCGACAUUCACGCCGGUCCUAAGCAGAUGCACUCGCUGGCAUGUGCCCGGCGGUUUGUGUUUCGCACUGGGAUGCCUCUUUCGGUCCACGAGAUCGACGCCCAGCAGAACCGCAGUGAACCAAGUCUAAAGCCUAUCCAUGAAGACGACAACAUUCGGGUAUGGGCACUUUGUGUUCAGCCUGCCGGGGGUGCCAGUUCAACUGCCACAGGUGUUGAAGACCAACGUCUAUCAGAUUCUGCAUCUGGGCCAGGGUCACAUAGAACAGGUCCAAUCGAUGAAUCACAGUGGACGCGGGAUCAGACUCUACGGAGGGAUGUCGUCAAUAACAUGUUCGACUCGGAUUGGAGACGAGACCAACUUGUUCAGUCAAAACUUAAAGACGUGAAAUUGCCGGCGAUGGUGUGGGUGAGAGACCCUGGGUCAAAGAAACUAGUCUCUCACACUUGCUUCGACCUUAACAAUACUCCUCCCCUGACGCCAGAUACUGAGGUCCUAGUCCGGAAUCCAUGGCCUGCCUCGACUGUGCAAGAGUUGCCCCCAGCAUCGGAUCUUCGGGGAGAUGUCUCGAUGUCGUACAUCGUCAAGGGAUACGCACAGCGAGGAUCUUUUGACAUUGAGAAGGCCAAUAGUCUUGGCUUGAAACCUGGUCCAGUAUUCAGAACGCUUGUGGCCGGCCAAUCCGUGAAGAUAAGAGAAAAUGGGACCGAGAUUAAGCCCGAAGAUGAGCCCGAAGAUGGGACCAUUAUCACGCCGGACAUGGUCAUGACACCUACACGCCCAGGCAGAGGAUUUGCCCUGUUCGAUCUCCCUUCGAUGGAGCACCUUGAGGAUCUCGAGCGUCAACUCAAUAGUCGAACAGAUGAUCUCCUAGACAGCGUCCAGGUAGCUAUCUGGAUGACCAGAGGAGGUGUUCUUUACGAUCCACGGUUUCGACAACUACUCCAAAGACUCCAAGGGAUGAAACACAUCAUCUCUGACCCGGAUGUUUGCCACGAUUAUAUCGUCCACACUUCGAGUGCACUCUCUUCUCUCCGGCUGUCAAAUAUUGCCUCCGAAUUCUUCUCUGUUCCUCGGUAUGACAAUCUGCACGGCUACCGUUCGCAAAGCCCUGAACCUGUGCAGGACUUGCGACAGCUCUUCGGGGCAGAGGGCGAAGGGAUUGACAUCAUGCCGGCCAAUCGAGGCUUGAAAGUCCAUAUCGAGCCAACUUUCGUCAUCGAUGAGAGCGAAGUUCCCAAGAAUCAAGAACUGCGCGAAGAUGACGUGUCCUUGGAACCACCAGUGCAAGAAUGUCUACCUGCAGACAUGUCGCCGUACCGACGAAGCGACAAGGCAAGAACAAUAUCAAGUCUGCAUCUGGACGAACCUGAAAUAGUCACACUAGGUACGGGAUCGGCCGCGCCAUCCAAAUACCGUAACGUGUCUGCAGUACUCCUCCGUAUGCCCGACGGGAUGGGAAACUAUCUUUUUGACGCCGGUGAGGGCACGCUGGGUCAGCUAAGCAGACUCUACACUGCUGAGCAGUUGGACGAGAUAUUGUACACCCUCAAGGGGAUAUGGAUCUCCCAUCUACACGCAGACCAUCACUUGGGAACCGUGUCAGUAUUGGAGGCCUCGUAUGAGGCCCGAAGAAGGCUUCACGAGAAGGAGGGCAGACCACUCCCAUCACCGCCAUGUUUGAUAUCCGAGGUCAACAUGAUCGACUAUCUGGACGAGUAUCAGUCGGUCAUUGGCAUUGCGACUGAAUCACUGUGCAUUCCAAUAGCUUGUCAUUGGCUUGAAGGGUUGUCAUUGCGUGGGAAACCAUUCCAGUUCGGCCAACAGACCGAUGUUCCCAUUCGAGAUCUUCAAACUGUCAAGGUGAACCAUUGCCACGGGGCGCAGGCCGUGACAGUCACAUUCCAGAACGGUUUCAAGUUCUCGUACAGUGGCGACUGCCGUCCAAACGAGCGGUUCUGCGAGAUCGGCAAGGAUUCCGACGUGUUGGUCCAUGAAGCAACCUUUGACGAUGGCAUGGAAGGCGACGCCAUGGCAAAGAAGCACUGCACCACAGGCGAGGCUGUGGGUGUGGCACUGGAGAUGAAGGCGAAAAACCUGAUCUUGACGCAUUUCAGCCAGCGAUAUCAGAAGAUCCCGGUCUUGAGCAGCGUCAAAAUGCCGGAGCGAGUUUCGGAAGAAGAGCUGAUCGACGAAGAUGUUGUAGAUGGGGAGAUGGCGAACACUAAUGUAAACGCCACCGCGAACGGCACCACCGACGCGAAGGAUAGAGACAACAACAAUCAGCCUGGUGGUACCGAUACGGCUGAGUCAGUGGCGGCCUCUUCGACAUGGGUCGAGCCGGACCAGGCACGAGAUCUUAGCAUCGGGAUCGCCUUCGAUCUGAUGCGCGUCAAGGUUUCACAGAUCAAAACGAUGAAGCCGCUCUUCCCGGCUAUCUCCAAGAUGUUCGAGAUCGAAGAGGCAAAACGAGAGAAGGAGCGGUUAGCGGUUGCGGCAGCGUUGCAGGAGGAGGCGGAGCGCAAGAAAGCCGCCAAGCUCAAGGCGCAGCAAGCCAACAAGGAGAAGGAAAAGCAGAAACAGAAGGAAGAAGGAACCCAAGACGGAACUGAAGGACAAACAACUGGCAAGCAGAAGAACAAGCGAAAUAAGAGGAAACUCGGGCAGGAGCAGCAGGAACAACAAGAGCAGUUGUCCACGCCUGCUGUGCCUGCCGCGGCCUCCGAAUCUCAGCCUGGCUCUAAUACUAUGGCAGCGGCGCCAGAAGUCGAGCCCAAAGACGAAGCCGCAUGA